AUGUUCUUUAAAUUCCUUUUCCAGGUUGAGUUCCGCCGAUUGCUGGUUUCGUAUUUGAGAGAAAACAAAAAAUGCGUCGAAUACUUCUUGGCCACACCCCCCGGCAAGCGCCUUUUCUACGAGCACACGCAUAACUACUUGCAGCUAAAUCCAGGCCUGCGGGUGGAGGGGGCGGAAGCUGCUGCUCUCGCGGACUUCGCGGGGGCCAGCGGCUCCGAACUUCGCCAAAAACUGCAGACGGCCUUUCGCGGCCUUCAAGAGGCCUACGCCCUCAAGUUCACACUGCAGCGCCUCAACGCCCUGCAGGAGCUUUGCAUGCUGGAGGGAAAGUUUAGGGCAAUUGAACAUGAGCUGCCCCCAGUGAGGCUUUUAGGAUUUUAG